GAUUAUCCUGCAGAGGUCCUAAGAAAGCAAAUCUUUUAACAGAGGAGUUCCCCUUUUCAUUUCCUACUCUGCUUUGAGAACCAGACUAUUUGGGGAGCUAGUUUGGGGAUAUACCAGCAUGGAUCCAAGCAACGAUUACCAGUUCCUCAAUGAGAUUCUGGGAAAAGCAGUGAAAAUCACCUUGAAAUGUGGCAUCUUCCAGGGAAUAUUGCAGCAUGUGGAUUCCAGCAGAAGUAUCGUUCUGAGCAGAGUGAAGAACUUGGAAACAGGCAGAAGCAUGGCAGGUGUGAAGAUGUUUUUUGGUUAUGAAAUUGUGAAUGUGGAACUGCUGGAGGAACUGGAACAAGAUGCAGCAAGAGGAGCUGCAACUCCCAUCAGGGACAGUCUAGUUACUGGAGGAACUGGAAUGGACAGGGGAGAACCAGCAGAGCACAGCCCACAGAGUUCUACUUGCAUUUCCCCAGAGAGCCGGUUCACCACCCUGAGUAACUUAAAAUAUACCCUGGCAGAGGAGGAAGAAGAGGAAAAUAUGGAGUACAUAGUCAUUGAUCAAUUCCAGCAGAAAUUUGGUCCCGCUAUGCUGCACAUCAAAAAACAGAGUGUUUUUGGUGUGGCAGCAGAGGGUGUUAAUCUGUGUCGUCAUGGAAGACUCUGCUGGCUUCAGGUAGCCACGAGGAGUCGGGUUUUUUUAUUUGAUAUUUUCCUUCUGGGGCCUCGAGUUUUCAAAAAUGGACUGCAAAUGGUGCUGGAAGACAAGAACAUUUUGAAAGUCAUCCAUGACUGCCGUUCGAUCUCAGACUGCCUGUCACAUCAGUAUGGAAUCAUUCUUUCCAACGUGUUUGAUACACAGGUUGCUGAUGUCCUGCAUUUCUCCAAUAUAACAGGUGGGUUCCUUCCACAUCGCAUCAGCUCCCUACAGGAGUGCUUGAUGCGACACCUCAAGAUGUCCCCCAAAAAGGUGUCCUUCCUGGCGUACAGGCAGCAGGCUGUUCAAAUCUCUUGUAUGGAGCUGCCAGAGGAGCUGCAGCAGCUGGCAGAUUUCCAAAAGUUGCGAAGAGAGAAAGCAUUAAAAAAGUACAAGGUAAAUGAGGAGGGUCUCCUGAUCAGACCACCACUGGAAUCCAAAGGAAAGAAGGCAGCAGAGGUGGAAGAAAAACAAGGAGAGGAUAGUUGUUGGCUUUCUUCUAAUGGAGCAGCCUUACAAAAGACAUCCUUCCAUCCCCAAGAUCCACUUCAUCAAAAUGAUGAUGAGCAGAAGCAAGUGGUAGAUCACUGGGAAAAUAAAAAGUCUAGAAUCGGCUAUAAAAAUCCAUCCUUCGAAAUGGAGGCAGGAGCAAGAGACUUGGUCAGCUGGAACUCUGUAUCGGAAAACACCCAAGCAAUGGGGAAGGGAUUCUCUCCAGAGCAGAAACCUCACACACAGGCUGCUGGAUCUUUACAAGAAGAGAGAAGUCUAUUGUUUACGGGAAACCAGGAUGAAGACUUAUUUUGUGCAAAGCAUAGCACCAUUGUGUCUGCCUCUACUCCUCCAAAAAUUAGAAAUUCUCUUCAAGAUUCAUUUCAGGUUCCACGGCAGCCCUCACUUUCUGUACUGCCUCCUUGCCCAGUCCUAGAGACUGUUGGUUUGUGGCAGAACCCAUCCUUGAAGAUGACCCAGACCUACAUUUCCAAUUUCCCAGUAAGGCCAGAAAGGGAAGGGAGUUCAGCAGUUCGCUUUGCCUUCCCUUCAGGUCUCAGCUGCCGGAUGCCAGCACCAAGCCCUGCAGGAAAAUAGCAGAGCUAUUUUCAUUACUCUUUCAAAAAAAGAAAAGAUCAUUGUCUCCACCGUCCUGUCAGUACAAGUGUCUUCAAGAAUUUUUAGGUAUUGGAGAAAAGUAUUUCAUUUCUAUGUUCCCCACUUGUUGAAAUAGUUCUACCGAACUCUCACCCAGUUCCAGCAAAGCUUCUGUAGUGCAGACGAGACCCUACUGUAGAUAUAGCUUGCUGGUAUAGUUUAUAUCAGUCCCCUGAACUAAGUAAGCUAUAACAGCAAAAGCAGUCUUGCGCCGGUAUAACUGCAUUUUACCUAGGACUUUUGCUGGUAUAAAAAAAUCACAUCCCUAGAUGAUAUUACUGUAUCUGCAAACAUUUCUAGUGUAGACCUGACCUAAGUGUGACAACACUGAUGUAGACUUAGCUCCAUCAUUUUCGCAAACUGAUAAAGUAACUGAGCUGUGUAGCAUGGGAUUGCUCAAGAUUGUCCAUGAUUUGGUAAAUACAUAUAAUUAAGUAUUGCAUGGUCAGCACUCUUGAUAUUUUGGAAGAGAAAGUCACCUCAUUCCGUUGGGAGUGGGGGAGAAAUGGGGAGGUUGUGUUGUGAAGUUUUGUGGCUGGUUGUAUGCAGUAAGAUUUCACUGAGCACUAACAGUGUACGUAAUAGGGAGGAGGUAUGGUUCUCUGCCCCAAGAAGAUUGCACUCUUGUGGUCCCCUCAUUCUUAGAUUGCAGAGUUUCAUUAAUUAAAUGUGAGGCUGUUUCACUAUCAUAUGGAAUCCAGGGUUUGUGCUUUUGAAUGUAUACAAAUACUUGUUUGAGUUGUGUUGACUGGGACACAAAUUGUUGAGCCAUUGAUUUCCAGUUGUCAGCCUGUGAUGUAUAUGUGCAUUUUUGAAGUAUUCUUGCUAGG